AUGACUGAUCCAACCUCACCAAUUAUUGAUUUUUAUCCAACAGAUUUUGAGGUGGACAUGAAUGGUAAACGGUAUUCAUGGCAAGGUAUUGCUAAAUUACCUUUCAUAGAUGAAACCCGUCUUCUGGCGGAGGUUGCCAAAGUGGAACACACUUUAACGGAAGAAGAAGCAAGGAGAAACAGUCUCAUGUCUGAUAUGCUUUUCGUGUCAUUAGCUCAUCCCCUCUCUCCAUAUAUCUUCGGAGAUCCAUGUCCACCAACUUUUAGAUCACCUGUUGAGGGAAUAAAAGAUUACAUUAAUAACCAAGUCAUAUCCGCAGUGUACAAGCUACCUGAUCCACAUAAGCACAUUACUUGCUUACCUGCUGGAGUUGUACUUCCAAAGAAGAUGGUGGCCGCGGAAGAUGAGAAACCAGAUGCUGCCCUCUGGCAUGAGGAUUUUGGGUGGAGAUCAACGGAGAACAAAAGGCAAUUACCAAAUGGACAUGGUUAUAGAAAUAGAGGUUAUGUUCAGACUUCAGCCUAUGCUGCUGCUCCAUAUGGGAAUAGUUAUAGAGAUCCAGGUUAUAUUCAGUCUCCAGCCUAUGUUGCUGCUUCACAUGGGAAUGGUUAUAGAGAUCCAGCUUAUGUUCAGACUCCAGCAUAUGGCUACCGUUCAUCCCACACGCUGAACCAAAAUGAUAGACAGAAUGGGUGGGUGGGUGAAACCAACACCCCUUGGUCAACCUAUGCUGCCACUUCGUACAACUAUAGUCCGUCCCUCAGGUUAUACCAAUAUGACAGACAAAAUAGAUGGCUACCCAAUAGGUCCUGA